AAUUUGUUGAUUCGUACUAUCACCCAGUUACACAACAACACAGGCAUGCAUGCCUUUGUUUUGGUACAAAACUAAAUUUAUGUGAAAUGUUUGCAAGUCUCCCCACUGAGACGCCUGCUUUACAUUCCACAUCAAGGGAUGCUUUGGCCACUGAGGAUUGUGCACAAAUGUGUGAAUUUGAGGAAAGGGGGCGAGGGGGGUUGCUCUGAUGGUGCCGCCUGGGCCAAUCAGCCAGCUAGUGUUGCCUCUCCUGAUUCUUAAUUGGCCGCCUCUCUUUGAGUGAGUGCGCUGCUUUUUAAUGCCACACAGUGGGGACGAGACCGGAGAGUGACGAGCACCAUCUACCUCCGAAACAACCAUUGCGAAAACUGACUGUUUUGUUAAGAAUUUUGUAGAGGCGCGGCUUCUCCUUUCUUGUCUUUUCACCGGUCCUGGGUGACAAACAGAUGGACAAGAUGAACCACAGCUCAGCUGAAGCGGAGACUGAAACCAUAGAACCGCUGCGUUACCUCAGUAAAGGCGAGGCAAUCGCCAUCGAGACAGAACUCAUGCGGGACUACAAGUUUGGACAACAGCAGCUCAUUGAGAUCUGGGGACACGCCUGCGCGCUCGCCGUCUCGAAGGCCUACCCUCUCAAUUCUUUAGCGAAGAAGCAGCCAACAGUGCUGGUGAUUUGCGGGACAGAGCAGAACGGCUCCAUCGGCCUGGUGUGUGCACGACACCUGCGCAUGUUUGAAUAUGAGCCCACCAUCUACCACCCAAAGCGAUCCCCUCACAGUCUGCAUCAGGAUUUCACGGUUCAGUGCGAGAAGAUGGACAUCCCUUUCCUUUCCUAUCUCCCCACAGAGGUCCAGCUGAUAAACGACGCCUACAACCUAGUGAUUGACGCCAUGUUGGGCCCCGAGGACGACGCCCUCGACAUUAAGGAGCCUUACGCCGGGAUUCUGGUGACCCUCAAGCAGGUCAAGAUCCCCAUAGCCAGUGUGGACGUACCCUCAGGUUGGGAUGUCGAAGAGGCAGGUCAGGAUGGGAUAAACCCAGAAGUGCUCAUCUCUCUGACGGCACCAAAGAAGUGCGCUAUGAGUUUCUCGGGGAAGCAUUUCUUGGCCGGACGCUUCCUGCCUUAUGACAUCCAGAAGAAAUAUGACCUCAACCUCCCAGAAUACCCGGGCACAGACUCUGUCAUUGAACUGUAAAGCACGAGAAAUAUUUUGGGAGCGUCUCUUGUUUUGCAUCUUACUGAUGAGAGCAAAUAAUGUCUCAGUCGUGUCUUUAGGAGUAGGAGGAUUUAGAACCUGUGAUCUGGUAUGCUGCUUUUUAGGGGUAUGCUGGAGGUGUUUCUGUAUCAGUCUCCGCAUAUGAACUGUAGCAUUAUACAUGUUGGAUUUAUUUAACAAAAGAGAUUUAUUUCACCAAACUUUUUCUUGUUUGAUACUGAAACGUGCAACAGUUGGAAUUUUUUUUCAUUAUAGCAAUAUUUUUGUCUCUCUUCUUUUGCUUUUACAAAAACGGUUCUUGUUGUCUAAUAAUAAAAUAUUAAUUAAAAACUGA